GGGAGCAGAAGCCAUUGUUGUAACUUCUACUGAAGUCCGCCCAACUUUAGUUAAAUCCUGGGGGCUUUUCACAGGAGUGUAGAAUAUUACGAUUUUUCUCGCAUGAACUUGAAAUGAACACGGGCAGCUUUAUAGUCGCAGUAGGGAGAGGAUGGCCGCAGACCUUCAGACGACCUGUUCUCCCGUCGAUGGUUCAGUGCUGCCUACAGUCCACACAGCCUGUCCCUGCAGCCCGGCUGCCCUACAGAGUGAAGGUGUCAGCUGGGAAGCGCUACGCCUGGUGUGCUUGUGGACACAGUAAGAAACAGCCUUUCUGUGACGGAGCUCACAAGUCAAAAGCUCCGAGUAUCUCUCCUCUACGCUUCACCCCUGAAAAAGACAAGACGGUUAUGCUGUGUGCCUGUAAGCAAACCAAAAACGGACCAUACUGUGACGGCUCACACUUAAGGGUCAUCUACCAGGAUGUAGUGAAGGCGAUAAAAGGCGUCUUUAAAUGAACAGCAUUCAAAAUAUCUGCCUUGGGAGGUCAAGGUGCAGUAAAUGUAAGAGAAAUAGUGUAAUUUUGUCCUCUACAUACUUGACAGACUGAUAUUGUGUCUGCAUAAAUUAUAUUGUUUUUUAAUAUUUGAUUUCAGAACAAUGUUUUUUGCCCAUUAAAGUAUGCCUG